UCCUCCAGGGCAUAAACAAACCUCGUCUGGCUCCUCACUCAAGCUCAGCGGCGGCGCACGCCCCUGAUCGCCACUCGCCUCGCUGCUUCUGGGCGCCGCGUCGCCAGCCUAGCUCCGGCUCCUUUUGCUUUUCUCCCUCCACCCUAGGCAGGUGACAGCAGGGACAUGUCUCGGGAGCUGCAGGACGUGGACCUCGCUGAGGUGAAACCUUUGGUGGAGAAAGGGGAGACCAUCACCGGCCUCCUGCAAGAGUUUGAUGUGCAGGAGCAGGACAUCGAGACUUUGCACGGCUCCAUUCAUGUCACGCUGUGCGGGACCCCCAAGGGAAACCGGCCCGUCAUCCUCACCUACCAUGACAUUGGCAUGAACCACAAGACCUGCUACAACCCCCUCUUCAACUCGGAGGACAUGCAGGAGAUCACCCAGCACUUUGCCGUCUGCCACGUGGAUGCCCCGGGCCAGCAGGACGGUGCUGCCUCCUUCCCCGCGGGGUAUAUGUACCCGUCCAUGGACCAGCUGGCUGAAAUGCUUCCUGGAGUCCUCCAUCAGUUUGGGCUGAAAAGCAUUAUUGGCAUGGGAACUGGAGCGGGCGCCUACAUUCUCACUCGAUUUGCUCUGAACAACCCCGAGAUGGUAGAGGGCCUCGUCCUCAUCAACGUGAACCCUUGUGCGGAAGGCUGGAUGGACUGGGCCGCCUCCAAGAUCUCCGGAUGGACCCAGGCCCUUCCAGACAUGGUGGUGUCACACCUCUUUGGGAAGGAGGAGAUGCAGAAUAACGUGGAGGUGGUGCACACCUACCGACAGCACAUCAUCAACGACAUGAACCCCGGUAACCUGCACCUGUUCAUCAACGCCUACAACAGCCGGCGGGACCUGGAGAUUGAGCGGCCGAUGCCCGGAGCCCACACGGUCACCCUACAGUGUCCUGCUUUGUUGGUGGUUGGGGACAAUUCUCCUGCUGUGGACGCUGUGGUGGAGUGCAACUCAAAACUGGACCCAACGAAGACCACUCUUCUCAAGAUGGCGGAUUGUGGCGGCCUCCCCCAGAUCUCCCAGCCGGCCAAGCUGGCUGAAGCCUUCAAGUACUUCGUGCAGGGCAUGGGAUACAUGCCCUCUGCCAGCAUGACCCGCCUGAUGCGGUCCCGCACAGCCUCGGGCUCCAGUGUCACCUCCCUGGAGGGUGCCCGCAGCCGCUCCCACACCAGCGAGGGUGUCCGCAGCCGCUCCCACACUAGCGAGGGCGCCCGCCUGGACAUCAUCCCCAACUCGGGUGGCACCAGGAACAGCGCCGGACCCAACUCUGCGGAGGUGUCCUGCUAAGCGACCUGCAGGGACCUCCGUCCCUGGACUCUGGGAUCCAUCGCUGUAGCCGCCCCUCCUCCGGCCCCUCCCCGCCCCUGCCUGCCAACCACGCGUAACUCGGUAUUAAUCCAAAGCUUGUUUUGUACGAGUGAGCUCUGGCGACAAAGCUAGAUUGGGUUUGUGGAGGGCGCCCUUUCCGCCGAGGGCAGGGCGGGGUGGACCAGCGGACAGGAGCCCCUGUUUCCACCACCCAGUGGCCUAGUGGCCACGCACCCUCCCCGAGAGACGCCAGGCUGCCAGGAACAAGACGCGCAGCGGUAAACACUUCAUAAAUCCAAGCCUAGGCUGACCCGAGCAUCCUGGCUGCAAAGGACGUUUUGUUGGACGUCCCGCCCACCUACGUCCUGUUUCCUCUCCAACUCAAGCAAAAACAGGCCUGUUUCUGGAAACCAACCCCUAUGCGAUUUGGGGAGGGGGGAGCAGCCAAGCGUGGGUCGUUCUUUUAACAUGGCCAGACAGGAGGCCAGGAAGGGGGGGCAGUGUGUGGGGAGGCUCUGAAGCGUUUGGAAAAGCAAAUCUGGGUAAUUAACGAGAAGACGUCGAUUUUUAAAGUUUGUGCAUUUGUACACUUUUUAUUGCUGAAGCCUACAGGCCUGUUUUCCUGGCAUUUUUUUAAUAGGCAACAAAAGCAGGCGACAGAGUCUCUCGGUUUUUCGAAGAAACUCUUGGCAAACAUUGGGUAUCAUGGUGGGUUGAAGGCUUUGGCUUUGCUGCCUGUCUGCCUCCUCCUCUGCCCCUACUUCCCGCCUCACAGACGUGAACGCGUGGUUAUUUUGUUCAUGGGGAAGAUCAUUUAGAUGUGCAGUCGCUUCCUCUGAAAUGGAGGGAACGAUUGAAAGUAGCUGUGCCCGGCUGUGACAAAGCGUCAUUGCCAUGCAGUGGGGGGCAGGGCUGCUGGGGUGGGGGGAUUUGGGUUAUACUAGAUGUAAGGGAUUCCUUGUGGUUGCCAUAGACUCUAGCGCAGUUGUAAUUUCAGUUGAUCCCAUCUGGUUCCCAGGAAAUCACGUGUGAUUGAGUUAAAUCCAGCCUCCAAUCUUUGAUAACCGGAGUUGAAUCUGAACUUGACCGCCAAACGUUUCCCACCUGGUGACCUUCCAGAAUCUUCAGAGAGAAGCCUUUGCUCUUGUAGGGGGUGGGGAUUCACGUGGGGAGUGGUGGCCCAGAAGAUGUAAGGAUUCUGGGAUGUGUAUUCCCUGGCGGUUCCUUCUCUCCUGCCUUCCCCUCUCCCUGCCCCUCUAACCUUUUGCUGAAGGGGGUGGCACCACUGACAUCUCUGGGCAAUGUCAGCGUAGCUGUCAAGUUCCUAUACUACUGCCUUUUGAUUUGCAUUUUGGCUAACCAUGGAUCUUCUUAUAGGACGUUUGGUCAGAGUGAACGGAACAUUGUGAAUCAGCCGCCAGGGCCUGGUGGGGAGUGGAGGGAAGUCAUCAAGCCUUCUAGGUAGCUUGAGGGGCCAUGACUCAGUUUACCUGCCACCUACCACCUGGGAGGCAGGGGUGGCUGAUUCAGAACAAGAAACUGUUGUGUAUAAGUCUUUCCAGAGGAGUUUCUUAAUGAGAUAUUUGUAUUUAUUUCCAGACCAAUAAAUUUGUAACUUUGCA